GUCCGGCCUCACCCAGGGCGCAGAGGGAUUCAUCAAAAAUAAGAGUAUUAUCACCUGCGGUGGAUAGUCCAUUCAAAUCGGCUGAAGUGCUCGGAAGUGCCUGGACCCGGUGAAGCCGAGUCAAGACUGCUCAUUCCACGGUGUGUGCUGCUCGUGCGUGAACGUGUGUUGUCGCAGAGUUGUGCAGAGACGGUUGUACGUGUAGACAGUAAGGAUCGGGCAUUUUGGAUCAGCAAACGUGACGAGCAUCGUGCGGUGUGUGCAAGCUCUGCAUAUCAACUAUCAACCCGACGUUCAACCAGGAUUCGGCGAAUCACCAUGCGAUACAUCUUGAUCGUGUUUGCGGCGACAGUCGCGUGCAUCUACGCACAAAGCUUCAAGUGUCCGCCCAAGGAUGGACAGUACGAGGAUCCGCUGCAGUGUGAUAAGUUCUACGAAUGUAACGAUGGACGCGCCACGGAACGGCUCUGCCCGGACGGGCUCGUCUUCGAUCCUACCAUUCGCAAGAUUAACAAGUGCGACCAACCCUUCAACGUGGACUGUGGAGAUCGUGUGGAGCUGCAACCGCCCCGUGGAAACAAUCUCUGUCCGCGUCGUAACGGAUUCUUCGCCCAUCCGGAUCCGGCCGUGUGCAACGUGUUCUACAACUGCAUUGAAGGCGAGGCAACGGAGAUUACCUGUACCGCCGGUCUGCACUUUGACGAGUAUACCGGCACAUGCGUUUGGCCGAACGAUGCCGGUCGCCAGGGAUGUAACCCGGGCGCUAACAAGAAACUGAAGGAUGGAUUCACCUGCCCGAAGGAACAGAAGACGGACGAAUCGGGACAGGCUGUGGCUCACCCGAAGUAUGCCCAUCCGACCGACUGUCAGCGGUUUUACGUCUGCCUGAACGGGGUGGAACCACGCGAUCUCGGCUGUCAGGUCGGCGAGGUGUACAACGAAGAGACGGAACGGUGUGAUGCACCGGAAAACGUUCCCGGAUGCGAGGACUGGUACAAGGAGAGUGACGAGAAGAAGAACUAAGUUGCCUUCAAGUCCUCUUCCCCCUUCAUUAGCUCAGAUUCUUCCUCGAGCAUCUGGCCCUCCUCAAGAAAGGAGGGCGCUGGGAUCUUCUCCAACAACAACAAGAAAAGCCCAAGAAUUUGCAGACUGAAGACAACCUUCCCACGGACGCCUCUUGCAGUUGGAGUUCCACCGGAAAACAAAAACACAUAUUCUUACAAAAAAAAAAAUAAAGAAAAAAAAGGUUGGAAAAACGAAGAAGCAAAAACAAAAAUGGCUACCACGAUUGGAUGCCGUUGGUCGGAAUGUGCUCGGGGUUUGUAGCGCACGCCAAUGAAAAGACUCAUUACGUUUGUACUUUUGUUUGUAAACUAUGUUAACAAAAAAAAAAAAAAACCCACUUACAAUGUGUACCAUGCGUGUACGUUCUUUUUCUCUCUCAAUUAUUAUUGAGCUAUAAAAGAUAAUAAAUAAACAAAACUAUGACACAAAA